AUGAAUUGUCAAGAAUUUUGGGAUAAUUGUCGAAGAGAUAUUACGGAUGGAUGGCGAAUACUUGCUGAUAAAUCAGAAGUGAAAUUUGAAUGGCCAAUAAAUUGUCCAAUUGAAGUGCGUGAACUUGUUGGACCGGAACGAUUCGAUGCACAGGAUCCGAAAUUCAUGAUGCCGUUUUUCUGGAAACGGGAUCCUGUACCAGCAUCUCGUUCCUGGGGUAUUAUUGUUUGUGCAAUUGAAUGGAGUUUUGGUGUUAUACUAUUGCUACUCUAUUCUUUGCACUAUAUUAUAGCAUUUUUUACUUCUGAAGGUGCAAAUAUUGUAGCUUUUAUAUGUUUUAUUACAUUAUUACAACUUAGUAUAUUUUUUAGCGCAAAAGUAAGUUUAUAA